AUGCUCAGAGCUUUUUAUCCGCUAGACAGCUCGGGGGGGGCAGGUCGCGAGAUCAAACCACCUUCGGAGUGGAAAGACCAGACCGGACCGUGGUUGGAGAAGCUGGUUGAUAACUGCGCCGGCCGCGCCCAGAUAUGGAUGUACGAAUCAACAAAAGACUCUCGCAAUGGGCCUGUCGUCCAGCAACUCGCCGAUCAAGGUAAAGAGCUUCUCGACUGUCUUCACACGCUCUGCUCUCGUAAUAAAGGAUCUCCUUCGCCACCUAGGGCUUCGGGGUCAAAUUCUCCUCCACGACAGGGUGCAGCGGCCCAGCCUUUCAGUUCGAGGGCCUCGACAGGUAGGAGAAGGCCCCUCCUCUUCAUCUGCCACAGCCUCGGCGGCAUCAUCUUGAAAUGGGUACGUAGCCCUCUUCAACUCCAUGGCCGGCCUAGGAAGGAGAGGGCACUGACACGGGAUAAGGCAUUGUCACUAACUAAGGGCCAUGUCUUCAGACAUCUCGAUGUUGUCGAGGUCAUAUCUGGUAUUGUGUUUCUGGGAACGCCACACUUACCCUCGACCAUCGCCGCGAGUCCGAACCUGGUGGAAUCAAUCUUGAAGCUUCAUCAGAGGGGCUCUCCGCGAAAGGAUGCCGUCGCGGCCAACGAUAACAGUGUCUUGGCGAGGUGUUGUUACGACUUUGAGCUACUCGGAAUGCAAGUGCCGAUUGUCUCUGCCUACGAAACGGUGGAGUCGCGUGUCCGUUUUGGAAUGUUCAAAGUCGUACCCACUUUGAUCGUCUCUAAAGAACGUUGCGUUGUCGGGUCACAGCAAGAGGUUGUCAUUGCCGCUAACCAGGAUCAUGAACACAUUUGCAACGUUCCAGUACAGAGCAGCCUUUAUAAGGCCAUCGAGAAGGCCUGGCAGCGUGCACUGGACGAAGCCCCCGGCUUGAUAUACAAGAAAUUCUAUACCAGCACUCGCGACGGAGGCGAGAUGGACACUCUCCGGAGUCUCACCACUGAUAACGGGCAGAACCGGGUACAACUGAUCCCAACGGUACAGGGAGCAGCGACGGCUUCCUUGGGUUUAUCCCAGAUGAGUUCAACCAGGGAAGCAACCUACGGCUCGUCAAUCAACCCAAACCAGAGGACCGACAAGGCCAUCACGACUUUCGAAGUCGUCAAGAAAAACCCUAGCCUUCCUUGCUUCUCUAUGCAAGUUCACAAACGAAAAAGUGAUUUCUUUGGGAGACAAGAUAUCCUCGACCUGAUAGACGAGACCCUUCUUCCUGACCAACAGGAAGGCAUCGAUACUGGCCCAUCUUCUGUUCGUUCGUUCGCACUCUGUGGCAUGGGCGGCAUCGGCAAGACGGAGAUCGCAGUCGAGUAUGCCUACGCAAGACAGUCCAAGUAUGAUGCUAUCUUCUUCGUGACUGCGGACGGAAAAACCAUCCUCUCCGAGCAAUUUGCGCGUAUUGCGACAGUACUCAACAUUGAAGAUCAGAGCAAUACCAAAGACCUCACGGUCUCUUGCGAGAUUGUCAAAGGGUGGCUGUCAAAUCCUGUUCGGUCGUACGAUGUUGCCGCUUCGGCCGAGAACGAGGCCUCCUGGCUCCUCAUAUUCGACAACGCCGACGACCCAUCUGUUCUAGAGGACUUUUGGCCCUCCACCGGCUCGGGCUCUGUGCUCAUUACGAGUCGCGACUCAGUUGCAAAAAACCAAAUCUUCACAGCCAACAAGGGUAUCGAUCUUCAGCCUUUCUCGCCACCCGACGCCGUUCGUUUUCUGGACACCCUCGCCCAGAAGAUUCCUAACGCUGGGCAGGUUGAGGACGCAGCCGAGGUGGCAGAUCGGCUUGGCGGCCUGCCGCUCCUCAUCACUCAAAUGGCCGGUGUCAUGGCCCGGCUGCGGCUGUCCUACUCCGAUUGUCUAGCCCUCCUCGAUGACAGCGGCAUCGAGCAGAUCGGUUCCACGGGGAUGAUCAUGUCGACGCCGGAGCAAGUAUAUUCGGUUUCUUCUAAGCUAGGCUUUGACAGCCUCGCACCCAACAGCCUCGGCCUACUCUGUCUCAUCUCCAUGCUCGACCCGGAUCGCAUCCCGGAGGCCAUUGUAAAGAGUGCUUGCUCCAACGCUUCACUAGAGGAUUUCCCACAAGGCUUGGCCGCCUACUUCCGGGCGAGGGCACAGCUCCUUCAGACGUCGCUCAUCAAUCAGAACCCGGAGACGGGUGAUAUUUGGGUUCACCGUAUUGUUCAAAAAGUGGCAAGAGCGAAGCUGGAAUCUCGCCGAUUAAUCGAAAUAUACAACGUAGCUAUUCAAGCCGCCUCGUCUGUGUGGCCAUUCACCAAUCUGGAGAAUCGAUUCACCACCGCCCGAUACAAGCUCUGCGCCCCUUUAUUUCCGAGCAUUGUGCGUCUAAGGAACGCCUAUGAAUUCAUUUCGUCGCUAGAAUCGUUCCGCCACGAGUUGCCCACCGCGAAGCUUUUCGGCGAUACCGGAUGGUACCGAUUUGAGCGAGGAUUUCAAGAAGAGUCGAAGGAGUGGUUUACUCUGGUGCACAAUAUUUGUUGUGGACUAGAGGAUAGAGUUUCGGAAGAGGCUCUAUACAUGAUCCGAGACACUCAUCACAACCUAGGCACUGCUGCCGGCGAGACGAACGACGUGAAAAGCUUCCUCCAACACGUGGCCGUAUGGCUCGAGAUGCUGAAACAAAGAAAGACAGCAGACGGUGACAUCGUCGUUGACUACGAACUCGCCAUGGGCUACAACGAAACAGGAGUCGCGCACGGCAUGGACGGCCAGUACGAAGUGGCUCUUGACUACUUCUCGAAGGCCGUUGAGACAUACCAGGCCCUACCACACUACGAGGAGACGAUGCUUGGGUGGUCCGCGUCUAACAUUGGGCUUAUGUAUUGGGUUAUGGGCAACUAUGAGGACGCAGAGCGUGCCCUGCUCGAGAUUAUCGACAUUUUUGCUUCGCACAACGGAGUUGACGACACGCUCUCAUUCAAGACUGGAAAGAUGUUGUAUGCUCUGGGGAACGUGUACGUCAGUCAAGAAAUGUUCCAGCAAGGUCUCGAGUUACACAAUCGUUGCCUGAAACAGUAUCGUGCGACGCUCGGUGAUAGUCAUCAUCGAAUUGGGGACAUUUGUCACCGACUGUCUGACGACAAUCUCUACUUUGGGAAUUAUGCAGAAGCCCAGGCCAGAGUCCUCAUCAACCAAGCUCUGAAAGUGUUCAGCGGACGCCGUCAAUACCGACAAGAGCUUGCCCGGUCAACCUACAAAGCGUCGCAGGUAUCUCGAGCCAUGGGGAAUAAUAGCAAGGCUGAGGCAGAGCUUCAAGAAGCUUUUCAGCUGCGUCGUGCGCUUUUACCAGGGGAUCGCCGGGGCAAUGAUGAACUAACUGAGGCAGAUUUUGACAACCUUGUUGUCUUUUGGUCUCGAUGA